GAGGAAAGGAAAAUGAUGUAUGCUUUUGUUCGAUUUUUUGAAGACGAUCGGUGUUGCGCUUUGCCCGUUUCCAACAUCCAAGAUUUCAACGCCGAGCACGGAGCCGAUUUCGAUCAUCGGAAGGUGUAUGUGGUUCGCAGGGCAGAAGAAGAGAAUGGCAACGCAGGCCAGCCGGGCGAGGCUCACAUCCUUGCCCUUGCAGAUGCUGUAGAGGAGUUUGAAGACUUUAUAAUGCAAAAGAAGAUGAAAAUUCCCAAGAUGUCCAUCAAGAAUUCAGGAAAUUCAAUUGAGAACAGUUUUGGAGAGGAGAGGAUGCCUCUCAGGCAUAAAAAGGCCCUUUCUCAGGACCAUGCACGCCCCAUUUCAAACUCCUCCAAAAGUUUGGCAGCAGUAGUGGCUCGCCUAGAGAGAAACGCCGCCAGUUCCUGUAUGGAAGGCGAAGACGAUCUGGAUGAGGAUCGACUGGCUGAGGAGGGAGAAGAUGCUGACGAUGAAGAUGAAGAUAUGGAAGCAGAACAGCAACAGCAGGAGCAGCAUCAUCAUCAUCACCAGCAGCAGCAGCAACAUCUCGAUGUGGACACAGAUGUGGCUGCGGCGGUUGUUCCUCGCGUCCAUUAUGAGGAGGUGGUCGUCAGCUACAGGCAACAGGAGGAGGAGAUGAGGAGGCUGCAGCAGGAGCUGGAGCGAACACGUCGGCAGCUGGUGCAGCAGACCAAGAAACUCAAGGAAUAUGGCAACCUGCUGACUGAAGUCAAAGAACUCAGGGACUUCAAUCGACGGCUGCAGGAUGUGCUUCUCAUGAGGCUGGGCAGUGAGCCUAUGCAUGACAGUGGCACUCAGACAAUCAAGGCUGAGGUGGGUGAACCCAUUGUUGAGACCCAGGAAACAUUCAGAGAAGAAGCCAACACCAGUUCCAGCUACUCACCAUCUCCUAGAACAGUCUACACAUGCAACGAUGGCAAGGUACACCUCGGUGGUGGGAUCUGGGUGGAGGAGGAGAAGUGGCACCAGUUGCAGCGCACCCAGGGAGACUCCAAGUUCACAAAGAACCUGGCUGUCAUGAUCUGGGGCACAGAAACCCUCAAAAACCGUAGCGUCACUGGAGUAGCUACCAAAAAGAAGAAAGACGCCCUUCCUAAACCUCCACUCUCACCAAGCAAGCUAAAAAUUGUCAGAGAGUGUCUGUACGACCGAGUUUCCCAAGAGACGGCAGACAGUGCGGAGAUAACGCAAAGAUUGUCCAAAGUGAACAAAUACAUUUGUGAGAAGAUCAUGGACAUCAACAAGUCCAUCAAGAACGAGGAGCGGCGGGAGUCCAAGCUGCUCAUCAGACAGACAGUCAAGAUGGAGAACUUUACCUAUGAUGGCAUGUAAAGACCAAGUGUUCUUCUGCGCCCCUCCUCUUCCCCAUCAAUCAUAGGUCAAAGGAUAUGGAGGGGGCUCAGUUUGGGCACAUUUGAUGUUGUCUUCACGGUCUCAGCAGCACCGCUAUUCCUUCAACUCAUCAAAUUGGUUAUGGUAUGAAACACAAAAGGCCCCUUUUAUAAGAAAAAGGGGGGGCAUUAAACAGCACCUUCCUCACAGCUCUGUUUGCCCAUUAAGUUACAGACAGCUUUACCCACCAGGCAGAUGGGAACAAACAUGAGUGUUUUUUUUUUUUUUUAAAUAAGCUUUACAAUGGGAUCAGUAUGAAGAAAUGGUUUGCCUAAGUGUGUCUGGGUUAAAAAAAGAUUGUGAAAUUAAUUUAUUGUUCUGUGUCAGAACAUCACUCUUGAGUCCUUUAAGCUUUUAAAAAGUAAAAGAUGACUUCCCUGGAUAAAAGUUUCCAGUUGCUGUAUGGUGGGAAACGUGCAUCUACUAGAGCUGUCUGGAUGUUUUGUGUGACUAAAACUGCUGGAGAACAGAGUGUCUGCAGUUGCACUUGGUUGCACUGGUACUCAAUAGGAGAGUCAAUAAGGAAAGUCUUAAUUCGUAACAGACAUAAUGUUGAAUGCAACAAAGAGUCUGUUGCUGCAAGAGAUUAUUGUGGCCAUGGCUUUAGGUCAGACACAACACAUUGUGCUCAUGAGAAUUUAGUAAUUACACAAAACGGUACUUAUUACCUUUUUUUCCCCCGUUUGCUUACUUGAAAGUAAAUUAAGGAAUUUUAUAAAAAGAACAUUUACAGAAAGGCAAAACAAAGUAUUCAUGGUGAAAUUUGCUUGCUGAAAUCUGGGAUGCUGCUUCCUUAGACUUCUUUAAAAACAAAAAGAAACCUCAAGUACAAGUAACAUGAAUACACACAUACAUUUUGCAACCUUUGGUUCCUCAAAAGGCGCUAUAUGAAUCUGAGUUAUUAAAUAGCAUCACUGUUAAAUGAAAAGCAUGUUUUUGUUUUAUUUUUUCUAUCUCAAAAACAAAAGGUUUGUUUUUUUUCCAGAUGAAAAACAAAACAUAAAAUAAAAUCUCGACAUAGGGGGGUACCUCCCAAGUUUGACUACAAUCCCUUCCGCGAUGCUGGUUGAAAUUAGUACAACUGUACAAUUGCUAUUGUACAAUGACCGAGCACAAGGAAGCAAUGCGGUUUCCCUGUGUUUGUGUUCAUGACUCUUAAUGAAAGCUGUCGGUGGCAGACAGUUUUACUGUUGAACAAGUAACGGUGGAGCAGGAAAGGCCUUAAAUGGAUUUGGCAAUCACCAGGGCAUGCCAUGCCCUUGGCUUUUCUAGUGAGCUGUGAUUGUAGUUGAAGCUGAAGUCUUGAGACUUCACCUGCACUUUGCUGUGAGAAUGUAAGAGUUGGCUAUCGGUACUCUUACGAGUAUCUGUGGAGUCGAACCUGAGCUGGGCCUCUUGGUACUCUGAAGGGGGGCUGUAGCUCAGGUCUUCUUCUUGUGGAUGAAACUGUGGGUAAAGCUGUCUGAGACAUGAUUGUUCUGGUGAUUUAUUGUAAAGCCCACAAUAACCCUAUUCUUAAGAAAUGCCAUUGGGGGGGACUAAGUAUGGCCACCCUAGGGACAUUUAAGUCAGACUUGUCCUUUUGUUUAUUUUGGUGUGUGUGUGUGUGUUUUUUUGUCCCAAAAUGUUUUCCGUGGGUGUUGGCCCAUUGAAACAAAAUGUUGAUUGAAAUCACAAGUGUGACCCAACAGAGCAAAACUGUGAAUCUGCUGCAGAGCUGCCUAUCAAGCCUUUGCUCCUCUUCACACAUCUACUACAUUUGUUGCUAGUUGCUGUUUCUCUCUGUCCCGCUGUGUUUAAAGGUAUUUCCAAAGUUCAACUGAGCCUUUUGUGAAGCUACCUUACGUUGUAGAGAGAGAUUGCAGCAUUUUUUUGUUUUUGUCUUGGAGUUCAGUUGUAAAUGUCCUGGACAAUUAUCUAAUUGAUGUUGUUAUCAUGUAUGUUUAUCUUUUUUUUAAAUAUAUAUAUUCUUUUUGAACUUUUGUUUUCCAUAUGACUUGUUGGCUUUAAAGCAUGAUGUAGAGUCCUGAAUAAGAACAAACAUCUCCCGAGCCAAAUUGAUCAGUGAUGCAAAGCUGAAGCUAUUAUUAGAGAAGCAGUAUGUUACAUUUAAUGAAAAACAUAACUCUUAAGGUAAACUUGUAAGUUGACAAGGUGACAAAUCAUUUACAUCGAAUGCACUUUAAACGUCAAUUCAUCCAUCUUAAAAACCCUCUUUUUUUUUUUUUGUUUUUUUUUUUUUUGGUUUGUUUUACAUCCAAAUACUAAAUUGAGGCCAAACAAUCCUUGUAUUAACAUGAUGCACCUUAAAAUGUUUUGUUUGUGAGUGGCAGGGUGUUUUGUUGACAUACCAAUGCUGAGCAGUAUGCUGGAUAGAUGUAUUCCUCAAAAGAUUUGUCACAUUAUUAUAACUGGAUUAUUUGACAGGAAGUUGGUCAUGUUUAGAUUUGCGAUCAGAUCGUCGUUGUUUUACAGAUAUGGUCAAUCUGAGCCAAACUUUUGAAUGCGAAACAAACGAGAUGCUGACUGAAUGAUCAGCGUGGUUUGCACAUUAAAAAAAUAGGCCCAUCCCUACUUAAUAGAACUUAUUUUUGUAUCUGUUGUUUGGGGUUCUAGUACUUCCACCAUAUGUUUUGGUUUCCCCUUGUAUUAAGCAAGACUUUAGCUUUACAAGUGUUUGCAUGGAGUUGUAAUACUGUAUAUUUCCUCAAAUAGUGGCCAACCCUACAAUGGACACUGUACCGCGAGUACCGGUCGACACUGUACCGCAAGGACCGGUAGUCACUGGGUGUGUCAUUCAGUCAAGACAAAGAAAUGGCGCUGUAAUUUCUAAACUGCUGAGCCCAUAUGAACUCGGUUUCUAAGUCCUUUGCUUACCAAAACAGCACCUCUUUGCUCAGUUUUCGUGUGUGUUGGAAACAUGUUCCAUGCGCAGUAUUAAAGAUGAUGUCUGAUGUGGAAGUGUUGUGUUUAACAACAAUUUUGAGUUCUGGAGACUUAUGCGAUUGCUCCACAAUGUUGUGUGCGUUUACGUUUAUGUUUCAGGGAGCUACGCAAUUUAGUUGUUCCGGCGAAUCUCACUUUUUUGUUUUGUUUUGUUUUGUUUUAAAUCUGUUUGGAAAAAUCGUCAGCCUAAUAGCACAAUUGCUUAUGAGUCAUUUGUGAAAAUCUUUGGAAAAUAUGAAAAAACACAAAUUCAACAAACAACAAGAGUGGAGUUGCUUCCAUUAAGCUUUGGCAUAUAACCAUGAGCUGGAUGGCUGAUAAUCUACAGACGUAAAGAAAAAAAACAAGCACAUUGUUGUUGAUAGUGACAUGACAGUUAUGCUGUUAGGCUAAUGAAAUUAAAGCCAUCCCCCUGUUAGAUGCCACUAUUUGAGGAAAUAUGAUACACGCGGUUUGAAUGGAAAGAUAUCCACUGUUCAAAAGCAACCUGACAGAAAUUCCGGUAAUGCUGUCAUGUAUGUUUUGUUUUUUUAGUUGUUUGAUGCCAAAAGGGGGUCAGGGAAAAGACAAUGCUUUAAGAGUUUGGCACCUUCUGAAAAGCUGGUUUCCUUCCUAGCGCUUUUACUUACUUGUAAACUGAGGUACUCAAUGUUUUGAACCCAGAUUCAGCUUAAUCAACAUCUUUGUAACAUGCACCAACCAGACGAAUAACCUGACAGAGGCGUUUGUUCACGGCUGUAUAGCAAAGUCGGGCUCUUCCAUUACUCUCACACCCAGGUCGUGCUGGAUAAAUGAGGAAAUUGAACCUCACCAGCUGUGAUUCUCUUUCUGUGCCACCUCCAGUUGCUGACAUGAAAUCAGACUGGUCUUUCAAAAUGCACAUAGAUCAAGGUGACACUAGCCAAGGUCUUGUCUGGAGCGUUUUGCACCAUUGACAGUCCAAUAAAAGCCGCCUCCUAGAAUUUUUGACUGCUUGGUGUACAUAGGACGUGACUGUUUGAGCCUCAGAGACAAUGCUGGGAGGAGCACAUUAUUUGGUCUCUAUUUUUGAUGACAAUAUCACUAACUUUGUAUACAAUCCACAAACCGGUUCUACUUCAUCCAACCUUCACCGUCCUACCUCAUUGUUACUCUGGUGUUUGUCAGUGACUCUAAACUGUGUGUAUAGUCAAAAGAAAAUUGAUAGUAAAAAGUUAUACCUGGUUACUCAAUGUGUACAGAAUAUAUAAAUAUAUAUGUAUAUAUCUUCUUAAACACCUCGAUUCACACUCAUUCUUGGAAAAGGAUGUCUUGAGCUGCUUCUUUGAUGAUGAUGCUGCUGUGCAUCGAGGGGCUGCGGCUGUGUUGUAAUCUGCUCUUUGCUACGUCGUGCAGUCGCUCCCGCUUGUGUUUUGUGUCUGUGCUGCGUUUGGAGAUUUUUACUGGUUGACGGUGCUACCAGCAAACCGUUCUAUACGGACCUCAAAUGGUGCUUUUUUUCUAUGUUUUUAACCCUCAUGGAGGAGGAGGGCGUGUUUAAUUCAGGCGCGUCAAUCACACCGCUUGUCCCUCAACACUGAUGAAAGCAACCCAAGCCAAAACGCUUUGCAGAAUGCUCAAACUUUUUUGCUGUUGAUGUGUCGUGUACGUGCUAUCCGCUCAAAUGCUGUUCUCUACUUGUCAGUCUCAUGAGUACCUCAGAACCUGUUGAUUUUACAAGGACCCGUCCGCUUUCAACGCCUGUUUGCUGCCAAUGUUUUAAGUGUGUUUGUGUAAUGUCAAGGGGAGGAGUUCUGGACCUUCCGUCUGUAUUGAUUGUCAUCACAGAAUUUAGUUUCACAAAAAAAUGGAUUCUAUUGACAGUUAGGGUUAACUACAGUGGUGCCUUGAGGUUUGCGUGUGAUUCGUUACGUGACUACAUUAGUAACUCAAAAACACUUCAUCUUUUCCCCACGGAAAUUAAUGUACUGUAAAUGAUACACUGUUUCAGCUUCUGAAAAAAAAAAUCUAAAAUGUGUUUUAAUAACUAAUAGGACUCUAUAAGCACCUUGGGCCUGGGUGCAGUAUAAUACAGAUAUGCAGUACUGUACACGGAGAUGGUCUCGGCCCCUCAGUAAGGCGCAGUUAUACUAGUUGUUCUUGACUGAGGAUAAAAAAUAUAUGAUGGCGUAUUGUUAUUUUUAGUUAUCAUUAUCAAGUUUUUGCUCUUUAAGCAAAAAGUAGUCCGAAUGACAGCUCGUAUCUUAGAAAACCGCAAGUUGGGUCACUCGUAUUUCAAUGCACCACUGUACUUAAAGAGCAAAAGCGGAAAAUGUACAAUCAGUGUGGCUGUUUAUGGCUUUUUGUGUUCGCUUUUUCUGGUUACUGUAUUUGGUAUGAUUCGAUACACAUUGCAUUCACCCUUUUUCUUUAAAAAAAAAAAAAAUGUCAGUAUUUAUGUAGCAGUGAGUACAACGUUGUCAGACUAUGACCCACCGCCGUACCAUUUCUGGACCUGGUUUAGUCAACUAAAUAUGCAUUAGUGUUUUGUUUUAGGAGAUUUUGUAAUUUAAAGUUUGUUUUUCUACUUGUAUGCGUUUCAACUAGGGAUGGGCAUUUGACUACAUUUCCUUGAUUGGCCAUGGUGAAAAUUAACCAGAAAUUAAUCAAUUAUUAUUUUGAAUUGGGGAGGAAAUUCUCUCUGAAUGAACUCCUGUUCCCACUCCAAUGUUGUAUUGAACUGAGGAACACUGAGACAAGGAGUUGUACCAUUGUGUGAAUGUAGCUCAACUUUCCCAAAACAUGUACUUGUUUACACUGCAAACUAGUUGAGAAUGAAUCAACAGCACCUCUGCUGGUUUGAUCCAAGUAGUGCACUCCAACAAUCAAGUCUGUUUCACACAACUCGGCCAGAUUCUUAACAAUCAAUUGAUUAUCAUGCCCAUCCUUAGGUUUCAACAAAAAAUUAUCUCCAAUGAGAUCAGAAUUUGUUCAGUCAUUUUCUUUGCAGCACUUAAGCCAUCCCUAGGACUAUUUGGUACAGUCAUUACAGUACAUCGGUCUGAUUGUGUCUGCACAACCAUGAUGUCAUGUCCGAAAGUGACGCAAUCGUCACGGCAACUCUGACUUUUACCACCAUAUUUAUUGUCAUUAAUGAAUUUAACUGUGCUGUACAGACCUCUUUGGGUUUAAGUGCAUUGCCAUGCCCAUUGGGGGCAAGACAGGGUAGUUAAUGCAUUGUUUUCCAGCCUGUUGGUAUGAUAAUGUGAAAGACACUCUUAUAAUUUCAGUCAACACUCCCUCAGCCUGCUUUAGCCUCCCAGAGGGAACGUUCUAUACUCGGCAAUAGUGUGUAUAUGUCCUUGCUCAACCGGCCACACCUCUGCUAUGCUGGCAACAUGCUUAGCAUCCUCUUAUGUGUCUCUUGCUCCUUUCAGGAACGUGUUUAAUAAAGCAAAAUAAAUCCAGACUUUUAUUCUAUCAGCACUAAUCUUGUUGGCCUUUUUAUUUUCCUUCCAAUUGCUACAUGUUUUUUUCUAGAUUCAUGUCAGAAGCUCAUCUUUUACAUUUAGUUUUUUUAAUUGACAGAUAAAGUUGAUUUGACUGAUUUAGAACUGUUGCUUUCCUAACCAAACAAUAAAAAAGCAUGCUAGAGUGUACAUUUUUAUAACCUAUUCUCUGUUAUUCGCUGA